CAGCAAUCGGUCGGUUAGGCGGGACGACGGAAGAUCACGGCGCGUAGUAGCGCAUUUCAACUCGCAUCCUCGUCGUCCCGUACGAGUUUUUGACACGAUGAGUGUUUCAAGAAAGCUGUGGAGCAGCUGAAAUGCAAGUGAAAUGUCGGACGUUCGUGCCAAUAUUCAUAUCGUCAGUCGAAUACGAUACGUGGUGUGAAUUAAGUCGUGUCGCGUUUAAUUAUGUUUUGCAUUUUUUCCGUUGCUUCGUAUCCCGAAUUUCCAACAAGCGUGAAUACUGGAAGUGUUUUAAGAGUGCCGAAAAUAAAGAGUCGUGUCAAGUGUGAAUCAAAACGAAUCGUCACGAGAAAGAUCUUGAAUUUCGAAACAGCGAAAGUUCGAAAGACGGGCCUCAAAUCAACUUUCAUCGACAUCUGUGACAGUGACACCUGUGAUAUGGAGCCCAUGGAAUUUAACAUUUAUUAGAAACAGGAUGCGAUAUCACUUUCCUCAUCCCAGUGAGACAAAACGCAUAAAGAAGCAUGGCUGGUUUGCAAGACUGGCAACACCAAGUGGUAGAAGAAUUCUCCAAAGAAGAAUCUUAAAGGGCAAACAUGUGCUGUCUCAUUAAUCAUUACUGUGUUAGCCAUCUGACUGAUCAAAUGUGCAAAGAUACUAAGAAAUAAAUAUUAUCAAUUUAA